AUGGCAGAGCUGGACGAGGCCAUCACAUCGAUUGAUGCUGCUGUCAAUCAGCGACUGAUGCACGCCCUGUCGCUGGCUUCUAGCGGCUCGCAGGCUGGCCAGGCCGAGGGCGAGCUGCCUCGCGCGCAGCCGAUGUCUUCGCACGGGCACUCGAGCUAUACGAGGUAUGGAGGACAUGCGAGCCAGGCGCAGCCGAUGUCGCAGUCGUACGCGACCGAGGCCAGAUACGGAGCGAGCCGGUUUGCGAGCACGCCGGUUCCGAAUCGGGCCCGAGGCGGGGGCGUGCAGGCUGCCGAGACGGCGGGGAUGAUGGCGCAGCUCGAGGCGGAGCACCAGGCGCGGAUGGCGGCCGAGCUGUCGGCGCAGCGGCUGGCGGCGCAGGUCGAGUCGAUGGCGACGUCGCGGACGGCGCUGCAGAACCAGUCUCGGCACGAGAUGGAGUUGCUAGCGGCACACGCGCGGUCGCUGCAGAGCCGCGCCGAGUCGUCCGAGGCGCGGGCGCGCGAGUCGCAUCUCUCGGCGUCGCGGGCGCUGGAAGAGGCCCAUGCCCGCAUCGCCAGUCUGGAGAGCUCGUCAGCCGAGGCAGCGGCACGGGUGGAGACUCUGACGGCGAGCGCGGCUGCAGCCGAGGCUGCGGCCCAUAACGCGCGGGCAGCGUUGGCGGCGACCAAGCGCGAGGCCGGCGGCGCGGUGGAGGCUGCCGAGCGCGAAGCAGCGCGGCUGCGGACCGAGGUGGCCGAGGCGACGGCUGCGAUCCGUUCGCUUCGCGAGUCGCUGCAGACCAAGGAAAACGAGGCGCGGCGGGCGGGCGAGGCGCGCGACGAGGCGCGCGAAGCGCUGGCAGCGACGCAGGGCGAGUUGGUCCGGGUCCAGGCAAGGGCCGAGGAAGAAGAGUCGCUGCGGAAGGAGAGCGAGCUCGCACGCCAGCGGGCGGAAGGCACCGUUGCCCUGCUCGAGAGCCAGCUCGCGGCAGCCCGAGGUGAGCGCAAGCGGGAGACCAACGCACGCCACGAGCUGAUGGCCAAGGCGGCGCGGACCGAGGCCGAGCUGGUCAACAAAGUCCACACGGCCGAGCAGAGCGCGGCCGAUGCGCGCGCCGAGGUCGACGCGCUCCGGGCGCAGCUGGCGGUUGCCCGCGAGGCCGGUACCCUCCAUCACUCGUCACAGUCGUCGGCGCUGGGCGUCAUGCGCGACCGGUGCAUGGCGCUUCAGGCCCGGAUCGAGGAGGCGACGGCCACCAUCACCUCGCUCGAGAACCAGCUGGCGUCGGUCCAGCUGGAGCGGGCGUCGCUGCAGGGUGAGGUGGCGCUGCUCCAGCGUCAAAAGGUUGAAGUUGAAGGCGUGGCGGCGGCGGCACGGGCGGCGGCGGCGCAUGGCCAGGCCGACCAGGCCAAGCUUCUCUCCGAGUCUGAGACUGCCCGCUCGCUGUUCGAGCUCCAGUCGGAACUGGCUUCCAAGUCGGAGGCGCUCGAGCGCGCCGAGGCCACCGUCGCCGCUCUCGAGGAUCAGAACGGUCAGCUCGAGGCCUUUGUGGCGGCGCUCACUGCGCAGCUCAACAGUGCGCAUCGCUCGCCCGCGGCUGCGGCCGCGCCUGCGGCUUCAGCUGCGGCUGCUGCCGUGCCUGCGUCCCACGCGCCAUCCCCGAUCCGACUUGCCUCGCCGCGUAGCUGGCGGCCGCCGCCGCCGCGGCACCCACCGGUCCGAUCGCCUGCAGCAGGCAUGUCGGCGGCUGCUGUCUCUGCGGCAGCGGCGUCCGCAGCAGCAACCGCAGCAUCUGCGGCAGGCACUCGCGGUCGCCGCUCUGUUCCGCCACCAUCAUCCCCAUCGAGCCACUCUGUCCGCUCUGAUGACCCGCUUCCGCGGCGGCCACAGCUGUUGCCAAUGUGACCAUGGCUGAACGAUAAAAAAGAAUUAUGGG